GAGUGCGGCUGGUCGGAAGGUCCCCGUCUAUGUCCCAUGAUUGAUCUCGUGAAGAGUGUGGCUUGCUGUUGGUCGCCGUUGGCCGAAUAAUGAAAGGGAUCGGAAGGUGGGGGAUUGAAUUAAAGGAAUUAAUUAAUUGAUACGGAGUAUGGGUUGGUGGCCGUAAACUGUCCUUAUUGAAGAUACUAUUAUACUCCCUCCGUCUCCUUAAAUUUGUUCCGUUUUACUUUUUUCGUCCGUCCCAUAUCAUAUUAGGUAAUGUUUGAAUCGCUUGAAUCCCGUUUUACUUUAUUCAUUAUCCUUUGUUUCUUUUAGUACAUUUGUGCAAUAUAUUUGUUGCAAAACUAUCGUACAUUGACAUUAUUUUACAAAUAAUAUGAUAUGAUUUUUUGCUCCGCGCAUCGCACGGGUGAGAAUCUAGUUAGUACUACCGAGGAAACAAACUUCUACCUCCAUAAGCAUUUUGUGCAUGGAAAAUACAUUUGUGGUAAAAAUUAGUCCACACAAAGUAUUGAUUGUGUCAGGAGAAGAGAUAUGAGCCUGUGAUGUUUUUAUAGUAUUUAAAUUUUGGUGAAAACUCUAGUACCUUUUUAAAAAACGGGGUACCGUACCUACUAUUUGAUUAGAUCACAUCACUUUAUCUUUUUUAAUUUAGAUUUAAAUAAUUCAACUGCUACAUUCUCAUUGGUCCAUGUGGACAAAGGUAUGGUACCUUAUGGGUACCAUAGAAUCUACCUUAAAUUUUCACGUUUAAAUUUUCACAUUUUUUCUCGAAGACGUGAAUUAGAUUCAUGAGAAAGUAGGGCCCAUGGAAUGCUCAGCCACGGGAAAAACAUUGUGGUGAUUCAAAAUCACUGGUGCAAUGUCAGGGCCGGCCCUAAAAAAUUGAAGGCCCUGUUCAAAAAAAUAUUAGAGGCCCUAGUAUUUAUUACAAAAAAUAAUGUUAAUAAUACAAUAAAAAAUCAAAAUUUUUAAAAUGCAAUUCUGAUCUACUUGAUGAAGUAAACACCAAGACUAUCAAAAUUACAUUCAAAAUUUUUAACUUCAACUACACUUAUUUAAACAAUGCUUUCUUUCUAAAACUUUUUGAAAUAAAAUCUCCAAUAAUGUCUUGAUAUGUUAUAGAGUAUUAGUAAAUGUUAUAGAGUAUUAGUAUUUGUACUUAUAAAUUAUAGUACUCCGUAAUAGAUAUAAUAUAUGUUAUCAUUUUUAUUUUGAUUAAUAAUUAGAGAGCAAGAACUAGCAAAAUUAGUUUGACCCAAACAAUUUAUUACAAAAGGUAUUAGGAUGCUUAAAGAGAACAAUAGGCAAACAGUUGUGCUUAGUCUGAUGGUAGAGGCGCAGUUAUAAUCUUAAGAGGUCUUAAGGAUCGAUUCUUGGGUGCAACUGUUUUCCGAUUUAUGACUGGGUUUUUAAUCUUUUCCGGACCUAACCCGGAUUGGGCCAAACAGAGUAGCAAACACGCUUCAUAAAACUGACCGGAUUGGGCCUAGUAAUAAUAUUAUUAAAAAAUGGAGGCCCUCUUAGGAUUAGAGGCCCUGUGCAGGUGCACCAGUUGCACCUGGGCCGGGCCGGGCCUGUGCAAUGUAGAUAAAUAGCAUGAUGCAAGAUCAUUAUAAGGACCAGAACAUGCAUGACGAGUCACUACCCGACGUGUCUGCCAUCCGGGCAUCAUGAGUCUCGUGUCAUUACUACGGUUUGCAGACAGCUUCACCGUUGUAAGUUUAUACUACGUAUUAAUUUAAUUUUAAAAUAUACUACCUCCGGUUUUUUUAAUCUUCACAGUUUGACUUCACACAAAAUAAGGAAAGAAAUUUGACUUUACUGUAGAGUACACUGUUUGGCACUGUAGAGACACUGUUUGGCACUGUUGAGACACUGUUUGGCACUGUUUUGAUGUAGAUUUCUUUGCCAAAAAAGGAAAUAAGGAAGUGUGAAGUUUAUUUUAGACCAUCCCAAAAAGGAAAGUGUGAAGUUUAUUAAAAAACCAGAGGGAGUAUUUUAAUAUCAUCAUAUAAUACAUUAAUCCCUAUGUAAUUUUUGUGUGAUUUAGAAACCAACUUAAAAGGGCGUAUGUAAAUUUUUGGGCAAACUCAACACAUAUGUAAUUUAAGAAAAAAGAUACGAGGAUGUGCCGUGCGAAAAUUAAAAUAAUUUUCCUAAGAGAAAAUUGUCCAACAUAGGACUAAAACUCAACCUUUUUCCCAAAAUAAGAUCACAUGCAUGUUUUUCCCUAAAUAGGAGUAAUCUUAUCUUUUUUACCCCUAAUUCUAUUUAAUUAAUUGAUUGAUCUAAAUAAUUGCUCCCAUAAUUUCCUUGCACAACCAAGACAGUCCGUCGGUGGCGGCAGAACUCCGGCAGCCGGUCGGCGCCGGCGAACUCUGGUGAUACACUUGUAAUUUCCGUAUGUAUGUUUACGUUUUUAGCUAGUUUUGGUUGUUUAGUAUUUCGGAAAUUACACACUUUUGGUGUAAUAGUUUAGUUUGUUGAAUUCUUGUAAUUUGUUUAGAUUAGGGUCAUUCUGAGCUCAAACAGGUCUACCAUCACUCAAAGGACAGUUGGUGAACCCCAAAAGUGGAAGGAAGGUGCAAAAUCACAAGAAAAAAGGGAAAUCCUGAUUUUGGUCUAUACUCGGUCGAGUAUUACCUAUACUCGAUCGAGUAUAAGGUUGAAACUUCAAAUCGGAUCGGAUCCGAGGACAAAGGAACAUGCCGGGAAGAUUUUGGCCACGAUUUAGUGUCUAUACUCGAUCGGGUAGACCGACAUACCCGAUCGAGUAUGCCUUUGAGUUUAAACCCGAAAUCGGUCGAGUAUGGCUCGAAUAUCACUUUCUGCACAUACUCGACCGAGUAUGAACAUAUACUCGAUCGAGUAUACCUCGAAUCUGGUAUUUCUACACAUACUCGAUCGAGUAUCUGUAUAUACUCGAUCGAGUACCCGAGCCUGCACCUCAAAAAGCCUAUAAAUACACCUCCUUUCCUUCACUUUAGAGAACCAAUUCCUUUAUACUCUUAAGCUCAGUUUAGAAUAGCAUUUCUUUAUAUUUCUUUUAGCAUGUUUAGUCUCCAAAUGAGGAGCUAAACUUCCAUUUCUUGGUAUUGCUCUUGAAGCUUGUUGAUUAUUAAAGUUGUGAGUUAUUUUCUUAACUUCUUUCCUUGAAUAUUAAUUCUUUCUUCAAAUGCUAUUUCUAUAUCAAUGUUGGGGAGUGUUGCUAAGAUGACAAUUAGUUAACAUCUUGACAUUAGUUAUAGUAAUAGUCAUUUCUUCCUCUAUGUUAAUAUUGGGGAGUGUUACUAAGAUGACAAUUAGUUAACAUCUUGAUAUUAACUAUAGUAGGAUUCAUCUUCUUUAAUAUUCUUCCUUGAGUAUCAAUUAAUUCCUAUUCAUAUUUCAUAUUAAUAUUUUGAACAUUACUUAAAGGAUCAACUAGUUUUGUUUCAUAUAUUAAUUACUACUAGAUACGAUCAACGAACCAAUGGUUAAUCGUUGAUAGUUUCACAAGUAAGUAACUUCGGUCUAUUAAUGCACGGUUGUGGUUAAUAGAUUUAAGAGGAGUUAAUUGUGUUGGUUAAACCAAAACCGCUUGUGUUGAGGUUAUCGAUCUCAAUUGAUUUCAUCAAGGAGUUAAGCGAUUAAAUGCUACUAUCAAGUCGGUAUACGGCGCUUGUUCUAUACUUGACUAAUAGUAAGGGUUAUUAAUGAACGGUCGUUGUUAAUAACUAUCCUCGAUGAAUUGGAUAUACUCCUCGAUUGAGUAUUCGAGAGGAGAUAAGUUAUAGAUAUAACAAUGAUCGACUAAAAUAUAUCAACAAGUGUAAAAUAGCAAUACCAAGUAUCUUUUAUCUUUAAAUUAAACCACAUAACUCGUUCAUCUUCGUGUUCAAUUUUAAUUAAAUCACUCAAUCAAAACCCCCCUUUAUCUACUAGUUACAUAAAAAGAAGAGUUAUUCCUUUCCCUGUGGAUACGAACUCUACUUCACCUAUACUACGUAUAAGUGCUAGUGUUGAAUUUAUUUUGAGUGCACUCACGACAAAGUGCACGUCAAAUUUGGCGCCGUUGCCGGGGAAAGGCAAUUAUUUUUCUUUUUAUUUUAUCUCAUAAAAAUCAAAAACAAAAAAAAAACAAAAAAAAAAACAAAAUCUUACUUUUCUAUUUUCUGAGCUUACAUGAGUAUAUGGAUACCAACAUAUCAUCCCUAGAGAGGCAAAUUUCCGUCUUAACUUCUCUAAUAAAGGAGUUUAUUUCAUGUUCAAAAUCUCAAGAUGUCCAUACAUGCAACAUUUGCAUGUCACACAGACAUCUUACGGAUUUUUGCCCAGAACUUCAAAAAGAAUACUUUGAACAAAGGAAUGAUGUUGGUUUCCAAGAGAGGUAUGAUUCAUUCUCCAACACAUAUAACCCAUACUCAAGUUCUUAUUCUAGCAUGUCCACUGAAGACAUGAUCCGAUCUCUCACUAUCAAUGUGACAAAUAUGCAACAAAAUGUGUCACAAUGCCCGCAAGAAACAAUGUCCAACGAACAGAACUUGGACAAUCAAGCGCAACAAAUGCCAAGCAUUGUGAACCACAUGAGCGAGGAGGAGGAAGAAGAGGAGAAUACGGAGAAAGCUCAACUGGAGGAGGAACCUCAAAACUCAACUCAACCAUCGGCCAUUCCUGAGAUCAUGCCACCAAUUCCGGAGGCUCUAAAUGAAACACAAAGGGUGGAGAAGGACAAAGAUAUCUAUGAAAUCUUCCGCAAUUGUGAAUAUAAUUUAGACUUCUCUUUGUUCACAAAUAAGCAAGGAAUAACGGUGGAGUUGCACAAAUAUUUCAUACUCCCUCUUAUACCACCCGAAUCAAAACCCCUUCCAUUGACCAUGCUUAGAGAAAAUCAUGGACCCUCACUCUCACAAUAUGAAGCGAUACAAAUCCGGAUAUUUGAUCCCGGAAAGAUUGUCCAAAUAGAGGGUCGAAAAAUAUUGUAUUUCUAUAAGAGUCACCCGGGUGAAAAUUUGAAGAAGAUGAAGUAUCACGAUCCAAGCUUGAACGAUUGAACACAAUGAUGGCGUCGUGCCGCGACGUUAAAUUAGGCGCUUCUUGGGAGGCAACCCAAGCAAGGUAUGUUUUCUUUUCAGUUUAUUUCAGUAUGUGUGCGUGUGUAAAAAAAAAAAAAAAAAAAGUGUAUCUGGGGACAUACCCGAUCGCGUAAUCUUCCAUACUCGGUCGGGUAUGGGUAAAAAUAGGGAGAACUGAGUUCCAUACUCGAGCGAAAUGGUCAGUAUUUUAAACAUUGGAGGCAUACUCGAUCGAGUAUCAGUAAUACUCGGUCGAGUAUGUCCAGAAAGGCAAAUCCAAAAAGAGCCUGUUUCCAGCACUCGAUCGAGUAUGGACAUAUACUCGGUCGAGUAUGUCUGGAAAAUCAACCUACCAGACCCUGUCUUGAAGGCCCGAUCGAGUAUUAAGCCAUAUUCGAUCGGGUAUUACUGGAAAACUUCAUACUCGAACCCCUGUGUUGAGUAUCCGAUCGGGUAAAUCUGCAACUUAACCCCAAAACACUCCCCAAAACACUUCAUCUUCUCCAGACACCCAUACCAACCUCGACCCCUUCUCCCCAAAACUCCAUUUUUCUACCUUCUCUCUACCAUAUCUCCAUCAUUUCCCCACCAAAACACCCACAACCCACCAAAAAUCAAAAUCACCCUACUCCACAAACAACAAAAGCCGAAAUUGGGCACUAGGGACAGUGCUUGAACUAAGUGUGGGGGAGGAGACUCAUCAUGGGUAUGUAAUCUUAUUUUCUACCUUUUACUACGCAUGAACUUCUCUAAAAAAAAAACAAAAAAAAAAUGAAGAAAAGAAAUGCUAGUUAGGUUGAAAACCCAACAAAAUGGGCAAUCUAAGCAAAAAAAGGCUUGUGAAAAAUGAUGAGUGAGUUGGGAGAAUGGAAAAUGAAAAGAGAUGCUAGGAUGAAAACCUGAAAAGGCUCCUAGGCAAAAUGAGAGAUAUGAGAGUAAUAUUUGUUUUUGCAUGCACUCAUUUAAUCUCUUUGGAGAAAAAGAGGAAGAAGAGAAGAAAAAGAAGAAAAAAAAAGGGCAAGAAGAUGGAGCAUAGAAGAUCAUUAAACCCUAGAAAGAAUGUUGUUGUAAAAACUCAUUUUUCCCCUGGUGGUCUUAGUUUCCUUCUUUCUUGAACUUUUGGAAAACUCUUAAACCGGUUGGAUGUUUCUGUUUUACUCGAGGUCGAGUAAAGAACUAAGUGUGGGGGAGUUGAUACACUUGUAAUUUCCGUAUGUAUGUUUACGUUUUUAGCUAGUUUUGGUUGUUUAGUAUUUCGGAAAUUACACACUUUUGGUGUAAUAGUUUAGUUUGUUGAAUUCUUGUAAUUUGUUUAGAUUAGGGUCAUUCUGAGCUCAAACAGGUCUACCAUCACUCAAAGGACAGUUGGUGAACCCCAAAAGUGGAAGGAAGGUGCAAAAUCACAAGAAAAAAGGGAAAUCCUGAUUUUGGUCUAUACUCGGUCGAGUAUUACCUAUACUCGAUCGAGUAUAAGGUUGAAACUUCAAAUCGGAUCGGAUCCGAGGACAAAGGAACAUGCCGGGAAGAUUUUGGCCACGAUUUAGUGUCUAUACUCGAUCGGGUAGACCGACAUACCCGAUCGAGUAUGCCUUUGAGUUUAAACCCGAAAUCGGUCGAGUAUGGCUCGAAUAUCACUUUCUGCACAUACUCGACCGAGUAUGAACAUAUACUCGAUCGAGUAUACCUCGAAUCUGGUAUUUCUACACAUACUCGAUCGAGUAUCUGUAUAUACUCGAUCGAGUACCCGAGCCUGCACCUCAAAAAGCCUAUAAAUACACCUCCUUUCCUUCACUUUAGAGAACCAAUUCCUUUAUACUCUUAAGCUCAGUUUAGAAUAGCAUUUCUUUAUAUUUCUUUUAGCAUGUUUAGUCUCCAAAUGAGGAGCUAAACUUCCAUUUCUUGGUAUUGCUCUUGAAGCUUGUUGAUUAUUAAAGUUGUGAGUUAUUUUCUUAACUUCUUUCCUUGAAUAUUAAUUCUUUCUUCAAAUGCUAUUUCUAUAUCAAUGUUGGGGAGUGUUGCUAAGAUGACAAUUAGUUAACAUCUUGACAUUAGUUAUAGUAAUAGUCAUUUCUUCCUCUAUGUUAAUAUUGGGGAGUGUUACUAAGAUGACAAUUAGUUAACAUCUUGAUAUUAACUAUAGUAGGAUUCAUCUUCUUUAAUAUUCUUCCUUGAGUAUCAAUUAAUUCCUAUUCAUAUUUCAUAUUAAUAUUUUGAACAUUACUUAAAGGAUCAACUAGUUUUGUUUCAUAUAUUAAUUACUACUAGAUACGAUCAACGAACCAAUGGUUAAUCGUUGAUAGUUUCACAAGUAAGUAACUUCGGUCUAUUAAUGCACGGUUGUGGUUAAUAGAUUUAAGAGGAGUUAAUUGUGUUGGUUAAACCAAAACCGCUUGUGUUGAGGUUAUCGAUCUCAAUUGAUUUCAUCAAGGAGUUAAGCGAUUAAAUGCUACUAUCAAGUCGGUAUACGGCGCUUGUUCUAUACUUGACUAAUAGUAAGGGUUAUUAAUGAACGGUCGUUGUUAAUAACUAUCCUCGAUGAAUUGGAUAUACUCCUCGAUUGAGUAUUCGAGAGGAGAUAAGUUAUAGAUAUAACAAUGAUCGACUAAAAUAUAUCAACAAGUGUAAAAUAGCAAUACCAAGUAUCUUUUAUCUUUAAAUUAAACCACAUAACUCGUUCAUCUUCGUGUUCAAUUUUAAUUAAAUCACUCAAUCAAAACCCCCCUUUAUCUACUAGUUACAUAAAAAGAAGAGUUAUUCCUUUCCCUGUGGAUACGAACUCUACUUCACCUAUACUACGUAUAAGUGCUAGUGUUGAAUUUAUUUUGAGUGCACUCACGACAAAGUGCACGUCAUUUGGCAAUUAAUUAACCCAAUCAAUUGCCCCCCCCCUAAUUUUCUUGCAUAACCAAGUUAGUCCGUAAGGCAGUCCGUUGGUAGCGAGACAGUCCGGUUGCGGUGGCAGCAGAUUCCGGCGACGGCAGGAAAAAGUCUAGAAAAAAAAUUUGGAAACUUUUCCGGCGGUGGCAGCAGAUGGUCGGAGGCAGGCAGUUGGCAGCAGUCCAGGGGAGACAAUCCAGGGGCAACAGUAGGGGUAUUUUGGUCCAAUCACACUAAAAAAUCUUAUUUAAGAAUGUUUAAACUAAGUGGUCAUAUUUUGGGGAAAAUGCUAUGUUUCAUUCCAAUUAGGGUAAAAAUCCAUUUUCCUAAUUUCAACAAACUUCUAGCUAUGUAAACAUGUGUACAAGUGUUUUGUUGUCUACUGCCACAUAAAUGCCCUGCUAGUAAUUAAUGUUUAAAUUUUCUUUCUAGUCAAUUAGAGCAUCUCGAAUGUUACAAUGAAAACGGUACACAUGUGGCAUGCUAAAAAUAAAUAUAAAUAAAUAAUACAAAGUACAUGGUAUGAUCGAAUAAAUACUUGAAUAUAGGAACGUAAUAGUUACCAAUUUGUUUGUACAGGCACUACGGUACCCGGUACAAUCGUGAGUAUGAGGACCGCACUUGGGAUUUGUUACGAUUGUACCGUAAUGCCUGGACACAUAAAUUGGUAACUAUUAAGUUCCUAUAUUCAAGUAUUUAUUCGAUCAUACCAUAUAUCUCGUAUUAUUUAUUUGUAUUUAUUUUUAGAAAAAAACAUCUGUCAAGUCAUGGUUAAGAAGUAGUCCUGGACAACUUGAGUACACGAUUCAUAUAUGGCGCAUUCAAUUUUAGUAAGUUGUCCACGACUGCUUCAUAGCCAUGACUUGACAGAUGUUUUUUCUAAAAAAAAUACAAUUAAGUAAUACGAAGUACAUGGUAUGAUCAAAUAAAUAUUUGAAAAUUGGAACUUAAUAGUUAGUUAUUUGUGUGUCCAGGCAUUACGGUACAAUCGUAACAAAUCCCAAGUGCGGUCCUCGUACUCACGAUACUGGGUAUGAGGAGAUAGUAUGCUAUGAUUUAUUUUUUCUCGCCAAUCAGAAUCAAUCGUGACGGUCGCGUCGAAAAUCAAUCAGCCCUCCUGGAGCUUGGACAAUGGGAUCAUUAUCAAUCUCCUUUUUUAAACUUGACAUAAACUCCAACCGUCCAUCGAUGUUCAGUAAAAAGGGAUGCAUCGCUAAUAGUCUCAAUGACGACGGCAACUUUUCAAAAACAAAAUGAGUAAUUUUAGUUUGGCUCAAAAUUCAUAAUUACCGUGCAUGUUAUAUAAAAGUAACAUUUAUGAUUGUUGGGGGUAUAGGAUCCCGGUCUAUUAUUAUUCCAGAGGUUCAAUACAACAACCCAUAUGAAACUUGGUCAGUGAGGUCCAGUUCGACCCAUUAGGACAGAAUUGUAUCCCCUCCCUGUUUCUAUAAAUGGGAGAUUUCUCUUCUAUUACAAUAAUUUCUUCUUGUCUCCGGUUCUAAUCUUUUCUCCACUUACCCAAAGUCAUGCAGGUUAAGGACUUUGGUCGUAGUGGAAGGACAAAAUGGACACACCUAGUCAAUGAAGACACAACUGACUGGAACAUCCCGUGGACUUGCAAUGAUACACUUUGGGGAAAGUAUAAUGCAAUGAUGGCUGCUGUAAACACACCUAUUGCAAAGCCCAAGGGGAAUAAGUUGAAGGACUGGGAAACGCGUUGAGGUUUAUGUUAUACUUUGUACAACAACAGAGUUUUUUGAGAAAGAGAAGCUGGAAAGAUAUAUGUGGUUCAUGAGUGUCUUACAGAUGAAGAUAAGAAAAUAGUGGUAGAGACUAGAGAGGCUUCUUUCUCAUCACCCUCAUUGUGAAGAUAAAAUUGGCUCGGCCUUGACUCAAUCAUGGUUGAUCAACAUCCCGAAUUCAGAGGGUCAAGGUGCCUGUUUGUGGUCAGAAUAGACGGUGUAUGGUAGAUUUCUCAUACCACAAGUGUCUCCGAGAAUAUGUCCGAAAUAAGUAUCUUUUGUAUGCCGAAAGAUUCAUUCUGAAACAUCUGAAGCGCGGUAGUUGAACGUUCAUGUCCGUCCUGCCGUCUUUCAUACGAAUUGGUUGGCAAAAAUGCUUAGAUUGAUGACAUCAUGACAUAGGCAGUUCUUGGUUUUGUGCAUUUUAAUGAGAAAAUGAGAGCUGGUGAUGGAUUCAAGUGUGAGAAAAUUGCUGCUGAUAGCCCUGAUAUGCAUGAUAUGAAACUAUGAAUUAGCUGGACAAGUGCAUUAGUUUUAUACGUAGUAGUAGUAUUAGUAAUUAGUACUACGUCAUUAACAGGCCCAAUACGCUUUUUUUAAGUCUCGGCUUAUAGUUGGAAAAAUGUAUCGGUGAGGAUGUUUUUUGCUUUUAUGAAUUAUUUAUCUCUAUGGGCUCACCUCAAAGUCGAGUUUUUCAGAAGCUGGUACGGUUAGGCUUACGUCCUGGUGAGCAAAAAGGCAUUUCAAAUGGGCUUCCGAAAUGUUUUCUUGGAAAGUGAUUCUCUGAGUUUCAUCAUUGCAGCAGAGAAGAGGAAUGAGGAUCACGCUGCAUUUGGUCUUUUCCUUGAUGAUAUAAUCCAUAUUAGCUCUAGUUUUGAUGUUAUUAAAUUUUCUCAUGUAAAAAGAAAGGAAAAUGAUGUAGCUCAUUUGACAACUAGAUUAGUUCCUAGUAAUGGGAUUGAACAAAUCUUUGUAAGAAAUAUACCAGAGAAAAUAUUAACUCUGGCUGAGAAUGACUUGAUUUGUUAAUGAAAACCUCGUUAGCUUUCAAAAAAAAGCUAAAGACCCCAUCAUAGUAAGCAACACAAAUGAGACACUCAUUGUUUAAUUAAUU